GAUUAGUCAAUUUCAUAAGACUCAACCUUAAGGCUAUACCUAUUGUAGAUGCGGCCUUAAUGUUAGAUGAACCAACAAACGCAAUAAUGAAAAAAAGUUACCACAGGGCAGCCGACGUGUAUAGACGUGUUCCGUCUAAAAAAAUUUUUUUCUUACUCGGUCCGUUGUAUAUACGGACCAUGCUCAAAACUAAAUUUUAAUUUGAAGAUAAAUUGGCAGCGUGGAAUGCACACCAAAAUUAGUGCGCUCCUUUGCCAAUAAAGGAAAGAAAAAGAAGAAGCAAUAAUUAGAUCAACAAUCAUUAGCAAAUGAUUGCGCAUCGAUUAAACUGCUUUUUAAACAAAAAUGCGAUUAUUCUGGUUAAUUCACGCAAAUUUGUUUUUAAUUUAAAAAAAACCAACAAAUGUAAUUAAGCCAACAAUUGGUUACAAAAAAAAUUAAAAAGUUAAAGUUGACCGACCAAGCGGACCAAGUUCCCGGAACUGUACUUACAUAUUUAUGUUGGUGAAUACAUUUAUUACUUAUUCAAUAAUAUUAAGUCUGGCAAAAGUAUAUUUGACAGGAAUACAUCGUACGUAAAAUCCAUAAAUAUUUUUGCACAUACCUACGUGAAAGAUACAAUGUCGUGGAUAAAGAAGAAUACUUUGAAUUGGUUUCAAUUAUUAGCUUUAAAAGUUAUAAGAACUGGCCACAUACCUAAACAUGUAGCGUUUAUAAUGGACGGUAAUCGACGUUAUGCAAACAAACAAAAAAUAGCCAAAAAUGACGGACAUGACAAAGGAUUUGAGAAGCUGACAGAGACAUUAAGUUGGUGUAGGGACCUGGGUAUUACAGAAGUUACAGUCUAUGCUUUUAGUAUAGAGAACUAUAAUCGCACUAAAGAUGAAGUUGAUGGACUUAUGGAGCUUGCCAGGAGCAAGUUUAAGAAACUCUUAGGAGAGAAGGAUAAAUUGAGAGAACAAGGAAUAUGUAUACGUGUGAUUGGCAAUUUAUCCUUACUUCCAGAAGAUGUGCGUCAAUUAUGUGCAGAAGCUAUGAUCAUUACUAAAAACAAUAAUAAAGCAACUUUAAAUCUUGCUUUUGCUUAUACAUCAAGAGAUGAAAUUACUCAUGCCAUUAAGGAUAUACUAAGAGGUGUAAAGCGUACUGAUAUCUUACCAGAAGACAUAAAUGAAGACUUGAUUUCUCACUGUUUAUAUACUUACAAAUCUCCAAAUCCAGAUUUAUUAAUUCGUACUUCUGGAGAAACUCGACUUAGUGACUUCCUCUUGUGGCAAAUCUCCAAUUCUUGUGUCUAUUUUACUGAUGUAUUAUGGCCUGAAUUCAGUUUAUGGAACUUGCUUAGAGAUUUUUAUUAUCAAAGAUGUUAUUCUGACUUACAAAAAGUCGCGAAAGUACAAAAUUCGAAUCCAGUCGUGCACAAUGAUAGAGUAUCUAUGUAUAUUAAUAAGUUGCAUCAUGAACGUAAAGUUAUGAUUGAAAAUAUGUACCUAUCGUCAGUUCAGUCAUAGAUAUUAAAUAAAUGUCCAAUGGGCGCUUAUAUUUCAAUGAAUACAAAUGUCAGUGAAAUAUACUAAAAGUUUCAAAUAUAUUUUGUUCCAAAUAAA